AAUUGUGACUUUCCUUUUUGUUUUUGCGGUUUCGUGGAAAUGCAGCCCACCCAGAGAUUGGACCCCUUUGGUGACGAGCAAGGACCCACGAUUGCGCCACCGAUUUCACGCUAAGUGGAACUUCUUGGCAGUUCUUACGCCAGUCGAAAUCUCUUAAUGAACUGUAUGGGACUACAUAGCCUUGGACGGUCUUGAAAGUUACGCGAGGACGAACUGAGCUGCAUGCAGAAGACUCAAGACACGUUCAGCGUCAAGUCAGCAAACAUAUUUCUGCAUUGGAAGCAAGCGCUGUACAUGCAUCAUAUUGGAAGAGAGAACGUGUGGCAAAUAUCACACAUUGACAAGCGUAUCCGGAACCUUUUCUAAACUAUAGAAUUUUGAUCUUUGAGGGCCUGCAAGACUUUCACCAGAUUUAUUUUUUGACAGUUCGGCAGUCUAUCUGCAACCUUUCUGUGUUUUUAUUGCCGUGGGAAGUGGGACUUUGAAGAUGUACGUUCUUAUCUCGGCGUGCUUGUUGCUCGUGGCGGCGGGACGGACGCAGACGAACGGGAUGAAUGUGCCCCUGGCUCGGGGACUGGGGCUUGAGAAACUCAUGGAAGGAAUGGAGUACCUGAAAAAAUACAGCUACAUUCACCUGGACGCCGGCAAAGACGGCAACGGAUUAGACAUGGCGAUGAUCAAGUCUGGUAUCGGCAAAUACCAGGUCUUCCACGGACUUCCCAAGACCGAGAUGAUCGACGAGGAGACCCUUGACAAGAUGGACCUGCCCCGCUGCGGCUGCCGGGACCCGGAGUUCACGGGGGAGGCGGAACGGGACGAGUUCCGGUACUGGCUGGAAGGGGGCAUGUGGAACAAGACGGAACUGACGGUUAGAAUAUCCCGGAUCCCGAACUUAAUGUCCAAGAAAUCCGUGCGGCGCGUCCUAAAGCAAGCCUGCCGUGUUUGGAGCAGCAGGUCCCCGCUGACAUUCACCGAGGUCCGGUCGGGCGGAGCGGACAUCAACGUCAAGUUCAUGGGCACCAUGGACCACGGGGACCGACGGGCGUUCUGGCGGCCCCUGGGGGAGGUGGGUCACGCGUUCUCACCAAGCGAUCCUGCCCUUCCUGGUGACAUCCACUUGGACGCCUCGGAGAGCUACUCCUUUGAAGAGGAGACCGAUGGAAUCAACCUCUUCCAGCUCCUGGUCCAUGAGCUUGGCCACACCCUUGGCCUUGGCCACUCCCCCCAUCCACAGUCCGUCAUGUACCCGAUCGCGCGAGCUUACGACCCCGCCUUCGAGCUGUCCAGGAACGACAUGGCGGGUCUGCACGCCCUCUACGGCAGGAAAAGUAGAGCCAGAUUACGCAACAGACAACGCCAUUGAACUGUGAUAACCUGUUGUACUUGCAUAAAUGUAAAUUUAAUACUAGUUUAAUUUGCUUGCUAAUUGCUUCUCCUGUCGCAAACGUAGCGAGCUUACAUUGUCCAGACUGGCAACUGUUCUUGUACCAAGCCUUUUCUCUGUAUAUUAUUUUGAUCUGGUACACGUACCCUCUGGGGACAUGUACACAAUAGGGAACACAAAGAUUGUAUACGUCUCCACAGAGAAUUAUCUAUAGGUGAAUACGUCGCCACAAGGUUAUCAUGAAAAAGAUAUAUGGAUUUUACUCAAAAACUAGGAAUAUCCAAUGUGUGUUGAUUUUGUCGCAAACUGAAGUAUUUUAUGUAACGGAUAUUAAGUCCGAAUUUCAGCCCAGGAAAUUAAUUCUAGUUAUGGGAGCAUUUUGAAAGUACACUUUCAAACUCGAAAACUUUAUUACACGAGAACAAAGAAAUGACUCCUCAAGGAUACAAAUUUCAGUAUGUGUGUGCAUGGAUGUUUAUAUUGUUGAGGACACCAUUGAUUGCAUUACAAUGUAUUAAAACGACUGUAUUAAAGCAUAUGAAAGCUCUAGAGCCAAGCGCGGUAUACCAUAAAAAUGCCAUUCGAUGUACAUAUAUAUUUCUAUUGCUCAAUUUGCUUAGCAGCGUUUCGUACCCAGCAGCUUUGUACAUUUUGGCCCCUCUAUAAAGUAUUCCCUCCCCUAUACCAAACGAGUUGAGCUUAUCCACCAGGGACAAUGGUCCCUGGGUUAUCUGAGUUUCUUUCUGCAUUCAAUAGGGUACGUUGACCAAUAAAAGACAAUAGCGUCCCCAAUUCCCUAAGGUCCCCAAUUUGGCGAUCGUGUACAAAACAUAUGGGAGGUACAAACAAAACAGGGACAAUAGGGAGUCCCCGAUUGCAGGCAAAUACACACUUGUGUGAGUGUGCUUGGAUGGGUACUUGGGUACCAAACUGAACUUGACUCGACCCAGGUUGCUUUAGUUUCGGCCGAGGAUUUAUGGGAGUACAGACAUUUCAAAUUGUGAUUAUGCAUAUCAUGGCCAUCUUUGUGGGCCAGAGUCUACUAUACACUCUGGCCAUUUCCUUUUUGUCCACGAGCAAGUAUUAAAAAGGGAACAUUGAAAAUUCCACUGUUUAUCAUGACGUUAUGUAUGUAUAUCGUUUUUAUCCAUAUAAAUAUUAACCUGUAUGUUGUAAACAAAUUGUUUUGAGUGAAUUGGAGGUAUUACGUGUUUGUGCGUAAGCUGUCAAUACCAAGACCGUUGGUUCAGGCUGCACUAAUCCACUUUGGGUUCAGAGUCGUGCUCGGAAACGCACAGGAUUGUGGGUAAGCCGAACUAAGUGGCCAAUGCAAGAAUGAACUACAAGUGUUGAUGACUCGUGUAUAUAUGACGUCACGUGUCAACAUCCAAUUUCGGCGUACAUUGUACUUCUCUAACCUCAUAAUUCAUUGCCUCGUGAUGAGAACAGCCUGUACCAACGCCAUCAGGGUGCAGACCAGUAAAUAGGUCCGAAAUUGUCUACGCCGACCAUAUCACGAUUUGCAUGCCCUCAAAUUCUCCAAAUUCUCCGGUAUUUGAGCAUUUUUAGGGCCGUGAAUUUGAGGAUUUGUAAAACGGAAGGGUGGAAGCCAUGCAGAGGACUGCGAACUCCGCGUAUAAAUUAGUGUGAAAUUUGGAUGAAAGUGGGCCAAUGGAGCGUAGGCGCUCGUUUUCAAAAUGGCGAUGGGCUUCAGUACUGCUUUAGGGGUGAUCAUCUUUGGAUGGAAAUUCUCCCAAAGUUCAUUGGUAACCCCCAGAAAAUUGAACGGAAAAUGAAAGAUGAUGAAAUUGUCUUUAAUUUGAUGUUUGUCUCAAACACCAUUGAGAAUUGUGAGUAUUUUAAAUAAGUUUUGGAAGUGCGCGCAAGUCUAUUUACUGGUCUGCAACCAUCAAUUGUUUGGCGCGGAUGCUUGGGUCAAAGGUCAACUUGAAGCCAGUCUAAGCAUGGAGGAAGAACCCCUCGAUGGUCUAAGGUCGUGUCCGAAGUAACGGCUUGUACUUCUUGUGCCUACGGUAGCGUCUGAAGCUACAUAUUACUGCCGGUCUUUUAGCCGAUCAAUUCAGACGGGGCCUUGUUUAUUGUACUGUAAAUAGUUGGACAUCUGUAAAUAAACUUUUUUUUACCGUUGGCAGCAUUCUCAAUGACAAGCCAAAGAUGUUUAUCAAUGUAGCUUUUCAACUGUGUAUUACAAUGGUAUAGUCUAAUAAUAAUUCACAAUAAAGUGAAUUGAAAAC